AUGCAGCUGAGUGAAGUCGUGCAGACCCUGGAGCAGCUCGCCCCCCUGUCUUUGGCGGAGUCAUGGGACAAUGUUGGCCUGCUGGUUGAACCGAGCGCACCGCGGCCUGUCAAAACCAUUCUUCUGACAAACGACCUGACCGAAGCCGUGAUGGAUGAAGCAGAAUCCCUCAGCUGUGACCUCAUCAUCUCAUAUCACCCACCUUUGUUUCGACCAAUCAAGCGCCUGGUUCAAAGAGACUGGAAGCAGCGAUUGGCUAUUCGAGCUCUAGAGGCAGGCAUGGCCGUUUUCUCCCCCCACACCUCCUGGGACAGUGUCAGAGGCGGGGUCAACGACUGGCUGGUUGGAGGUCUCGGGAGUGGCCACGUGAGCGUUCUCAGCCAGACGUUUCGCAGUCCUCCUCACUCCCACAGACUGGAGUUCACCGUGAAGAGCGGCGAAGAGCUCAACGCGGCGAUCGAGGAGCUGAAAUCCUGUGACGGUUCAACUCUACAGCAUUCAAGCAACAGUGCAGAGAACAAAGGAAUCCAUGUGAGCUUCACCUGCAGCGAGUCGGCUCUGCCCCAUUUGGUCCAGACUCUUUCAGGCCACACGGUCCCGAGCCAGUCUCUCACCGUGUCAAAGUUGGAAAAGCACCCUCUCUCCGGACACGGCCAAGGACGGGCGAGCGUUCUGGACCAGCCCGUAACCGUGGCAACAGCUGUGGAGAAGAUGAAGGCGCAUUUGAGUUUGAGCCAUCUUCGUCUGGCUCUAGGAACGGGACAGAGUCUUGAGUCUUUAGUGCAAACUGUAGCUGUCUGCGCAGGAUCCGGGGCCUCGGUCUUAAACGGCACCAAAGCGGAUCUUUAUGUCACAGGUGAAAUGUCCCAUCAUGAAGUCCUGGACGCCGUGGCCAGUGGAACCAGCGUGAUCCUGAGUGACCAUAGCAACAGCGAGCGUGGGUUUCUGUUCAUCUUCAGGGAGCGUCUGGCCGUGCGUCUCCCCGAGGCCGUGUCUGUGCUGGUGUCCCAGGCCGACAGAGACCCCCUGCAGCAGAGGCCAAACUGUGACCACAGACCAAACUGUGGUCUCCUGAGGCCGGACCCCCCGCUGAGGGAGCUAACGGAGGCAGCAGAGAGGAAGGAGCAUGUCAUCAAGUCAUCAGGCCUCAGCAGGAGCCCUCGCCGUUAA